CGUGUGGGGGCGGGGCCGGGGGCCCCCUCUGCAGCAUCCCGCUCCUCCGGUCCAGCGUUCGGUCCACAGCCUCCACCUUCCGCCCCGUGCCAGCCUUUCUGUGCGACAGUCGCCGUGUCGCAUCUUCUCGGGGCCCUUGUGGCGCCCGUGUCUACGGUGUCGGGACCUGGGCACGCCGGUGGACGCGAGCGCGCAAGGCGAGGACGACGGCUUCGUAGAAGCCGGUGACUCGGAGGCUGCUGCCUGGACUGCCGGCCUCUUCUGCCCCAAAACCAUGUCCGUAACUCUCCUGUGGCUGGGCUUCACCCUCCUGGGGGCCCUGCACACCCAGGCCCAGAGUUCCACCCCCAGACUGCUGCGGGCCCCACCUCUGUCCAAGAUCCCGCUGCAGCCCAACUUCCAGGCUGACCAGUUCCAGGGGAAGUGGUACGUCGUAGGCGUGGCGGGGAAUGCAAUUAAGAAGGAAGAGCAAGACCAGUUUAAGAUGUACACUUCCAACUACGAGCUAAAGGAAGACGGCAGCUACAACGUCACCUCCACCCUAUUAAGGGACGAGGGCUGUGACUACUGGAUCAGAACUUUUGUCCCAAGCUCCCGUCCUGGCCAGUUCACCCUUGGCAAUAUUAAGAGCUACCCCGGGAUAAGGAGCUACACCGUGCGGGUGGUGAACACCGACUACAACCAGUUUGCCAUAGUGUUCUUCAAGAAGGUUCAAAAGAAACAGGGGUACUUCAAGACCAUCCUUUACGGGAGGACCAAGGAGCUGACCCCUGAAGUGAAGGAGAACUUCAUCAACUUCGCCAAGUCCCUGCGCCUCACCGAUGACCACAUCGUCUUCACUGUCCCAAUUGACCGGUGCAUCGAUGACCAGUAAGCCUGCAGUGCCUCCAGUCUCUCUUUGCUCCCGCCCGCCUCAUGCCAGCCUUUGCCUGGCCCAGCACCCAGUUAGCCCCCCCACCAGCCUGGACACCAGUGACAGGAGAGAGCCCAGAGACCCUUCUCCGGGUCUGCCCCGCAGCAGCUCCUUGGGCUGCAGCCCUGAAGAUGCAGCCCCGCCUUGCCUGCUAAAUAAACACAUGCCCCGCCCCCA